GAUGAUGGAAAUCAGUUGGACUUGCAAGUAGAUCGUGCUGAAAUCGUGCAGUUCGGCAUGAUAUCGCUGGAAAUGAGAUCAGAAAUCCAGAUUAAGUUCUUUGCACCUGCAGCUGUCGGCAUGAAGACUAUUGGGGCAUCUCCACCUCUGUCCCCCGACGCAAGCGCUGUGUACAACAACAUCACAGAGGCCAUCGGCAAAACUCCCGUGAUCAAGGUGAACCGGCUGGCGCCCGCCGGCAUCAACCUUUACGUGAAGUGCGAGUACUUCAACCCGCUGAGCUCUGUAAAGGAUCGGCUUGCCAUUGCCAUCAUCGAGGACGCUGAGCAGCGGGGAGAGCUGAAGCCUGGUGGCACGGUUGUGGAGGCGACAAGUGGCAACACCGGCAUCGCACUGGCAAUGGUCUGUGCCCAGCGAGGGUACAAGUUCGUCUCCACCAUGGCAGCCUCCUUCUCGGUGGAGCGGCGGAAGGUGAUGCGGAUGCUGGGUGCGAAAGUCGUUGUGACGCCGGCACCGUUGGGUGGCACUGGCAUGGUGCUCAAAGCCGAGGAGUUGGCCGAGAAACACGGCUGGUAUCUGGCUCGGCAGUUCGAAAACGAGGCGAAUCCUGCCUACCACGCCAAGACAACUGGGCCCGAGAUCCUCGCGGACUUCGAGGGCAAGAGCCUGGACUACUGGGUGACAGGUUAUGGGACCGGCGGCACUUUCCAAGGAGCAGGCAAAGUGCUGAAGGAGGCACGUCCUGGCCUCAAGAUCAUCCUCUCGGAGCCCAAGGGCGCAGCAUUGAUCACCAGUGGCAUCAAGCAGGAGAGGAAGGAGGUUCUGGGAAAAUUCGGCGCACCGGCGAAGGGGCACCCGGCCUGGAAUCCUCAUCCUAUCCAGGGAUGGACACCGAACUUCAUCCCGAAAGUGACGGAGGAUGGUCUGGAGAUGAAGGUCCACGAUGACGUCCUGACCGUCGACCCGCAGGAGGCUAUGAAGACCUCACACGCUUUGGCAAGGAUGGAGGGCAUCUUCUGCGGGACCUCCGGUGGAGCAACCGUGGCAACAGCACUGGAGGUUGCGGCAAAAGCGCUCGUUGCUCAGUGGACCGCUUGCUCGAGUGGAAGGCGGUACCUGUCGACGCCUCUGUUCGGCGACAUCGAUGCAGAGAUGAACGAGGAAGAGAUGGAGCUCGCGAAGUCCACGCCCAGCGUAGCAGCCUCACAGGUUUCGGUCCCGGCCAUGCUCGCCAAGCAGGCGGCUGUGGCCGCAGCCCUGGUGGCUGCGCUCCACGCGGCCCUGAGCUUCGUAGGCCCCGCCCGCACCAAUGCUGGCGCCGGGGCGUCCCUGCGAGGCACCGUCCGGCCCCAGACGAGCACAGUUUCUGGUGGCCCCCAGGGCCUGGGGCUCCCUGGGAGUCUGGCUGCCGUGGCGCUUGCCGGUGCAGUCGCCGUGCGUGCUCGCAAGUCUACAGCGCUGCGAGCCACUAGGGUGGAGUGGUUCAGGAAGGUGAAGCGCAUCAGUGGAGAUCGCGCUGUGUUCGACGUCUCCAUCCCGAAGCCACUGGGCUUGGCAUUGGAGGCCUUCCCUGAUGGCCGAGGCGUGGGCAUCAGUACUAUCACCCCGGAGAGCAAUGCGGACAAGCUCAACAGGAAGGUCUGCAUCACCGAGGAGGACAAUGGUAUGUGGGUCUUGGAGGGCGACAGAGUCAUUGGUGUCAACGGCACGGAGACCGUUGAUUCCACCGUCGAGGACAUCGCAAAGUUGGUAGGGGAGUCCGAGGGCGACUCGGUGACCCUGACGCUGGUGCGCAACACUCGAAACGGCCCCAUCAAGGUGGUGAUCAUGCCGGACAAGAAGUUUGCGACUGUCCGUCGGAAUGCAAGGCUGUCCUCUGCUGUGGAGUUCGCCCUCGGCAGGGAGAUUAAGUACGGUUGCAUUGAUGGAUGGUGUGGCACCUGCUGGCACCGCGAGCGUACAACGGGGUGGCUUUUCAAGCCAUGCUCCGACAUGAUCACCUCAGAUUGGGACAAUGUCAUGCCCAUGGUGCUCUUUCCAAAGCCAGAGAAGGCCGGUGACGCGACGCUUCUGCAGCCCCGCGGCGCCUGA